AUGAAUUUUUUGCUUCUUAUCUUAUGUAUUCUCACUUCUUCUUUGUAUUUCUGUUCCCAUUACAUAUUAUCCGUUUCAUCUCCGUCCGUCACCUUUCUUACGGGAAGGAGAUCCUUGAGAGAACAGAGGAUGGUGCCACAACUCGACCGUUGCAAUGAACACCACCAAGAACAGGUUCUGGAUGACAACAAAAAGCGAGUAAUAUUCGAAGAGCAUUUCAGAGAACAAAAGCAUGAGAGCAGAAAUGAUUUAGAGCUUCUUUACCACAUUGACUACAAUGGUGUGACUACUCAUCCAGUGCCGACUCCAAAACAUCCGAGACCAUAGAAUCUCUUUCUUGUCGCCCUUAGAUGGAAAAAUGAAACAUACAUGUUAUUUUACAAUCAAACUAAUUUAGUCAGCAAUGUAGUAGCAUUUUUAUGAGUAUUCGUGCAGAACUUCUGGUUUAUCAAUAUAUAGUUUUCUUUUCACCUCUUUA